UUCGUUUUUUGAACCCAAGCACAAAGCUCCUCUAGUCCUUCCGUCAGCCCUUAGAGUCUCCCCAAAUGUUGUUAUAACUGUCAUCUUGUCCAAUGUCAAUACAGAUUCCCUAAUCAUUCUCUGAUAUACUCGGGAGAAAUUUAAGACCAAGACCAGAUAUAAUAGUCCCAUCGUCAUCAACCAGGAUUUUCACAUUCCUAAAUGUUCUAUUAUUCAGAAAAACAUUACAAAGAAGAUCCAACCAAAUUUACGUUUUUGAACGGGAUUAUUGAUAUUCUGAAUAAUACUAUCAAGAUUUUUGACCUCUAUUUUCGAAGUAUUCUGUCUUCCAGGAUCUUCACAUAUAUGCUAUGUGCGUCUGAGUCAAUUCCAUCAAGCCCUUUUUCUCAAUAAACACCGUAGAUGUCAAAUUAUUCAUGGCGUUAUUGAAGUCACUGUGUAAUGCUCUGUUCACCUCGAACUUCCUAACUAUCGGUAAUUCACAAAAGUCUGUAAGAUUCUGGGCCCUUUUUCUAGUGCACAUUUAGGGAUCGAAUUAUCCAUGGCGCCAUUUAAAGUUUUGUCCCAAAUCGAACUUAGAAACAUUUGUAUCUAUCGGUAAUCCUCAGUCCGCAAAAUUCUGGGUCAAAAUUUACGAACAUCAAUAAAGUCCUAAUGGAAUUUUGUAGUACGUUCUAGCAUCAGACUUUCCUCGAUAGAGAAAAUUAUCUUCACAGACAUACGGUCCAAUUCAUAGACCAGCAUCCUAAGUCUAUCUUUGUAAAGUCUACAGACAUAAGGAAAAUGUCAUUAAAAGAUGUCAAAAUGGUAUUCAGACUUGUCGGUCCUUAAGUCAAGAUUAGUCAGUGUAAAGUCCUAAAGAUUACGACUGGCCUCCCUAAGUCUCCCUAUAACGGAUGUCAUCUCCAUCUCCCACUGUCAUAGAUACAUUGAUAUCAUAUCAUAAAAACUAACCUUUUUAUUGACCACAGGACAAACAUUUUGAGAAUCGGUUUCUUUUGCGGUGGAAAAAUCAGUAACUUAUUUCUUCUAAUGCACAGAUAUCUAUGCUAUAACACAUAUGGUUUCACAAUUUCCAUGAGGAACUCAUAUGCGUGUGCCUAUUGAAAUUCCGUUAAGACCCAAACAGUUAUAGCGGGAGUGCUGAAAUAUUGUCAACUGAUAAGGUUUUGAUAUGAUCAUUAUCGGUUCACUAUUUGACAUAUUGAUAAAUUCUGAAAGAAUAGUGAUUUUUUGAUGGUAGGUAUAUAUAAUUAGUUAAAACCGAAUAUAAAUAUAUUUUUAAUUGUUUGAAUUUAUUUGAUUUUAAUCUUAGGAAGUUCUGUGGUUAAAGACCUCAUUUAAAAAAAAAAUAUAUUUUUUGUUCAUAUACAUUAAUUGUCCAAUUCACAAUAUAACGCCGAUUGUGACUUGAACAAACAUGUAAUUUCUCAUUUAUACUGAUAAGUAUAUAAAAUUGCUUAUAAAGCAAAAAUACUUUUUAAAUUUAUUUGUACAAAACUUUGAGAUAUAAAACUUAAGAAAUCAAAAAGUUUUCUGUAUGUAUAAUAUUUAUACCCUACACUCUUAAUUUUAUAAACAAAAAUAGGUAGACUGUUUAUGCCAUUAUGUAACACAUGGAAAUAUUGUUCGCAGACCAUAAUUGUCAUACAUGCAUAUUUAGAGAUCUUAUUAGAUUCUAAAACGAUCCAACUAUAUACGUCCGUAUGUCUGUUGAAAGCAUGUUAGUGUUCGAACAGCAAAUAUUGGUUCACGAUUUCACCUAGUCCCAAUAAUAUUAGACCAGUUGAAUGAUCAUACUUGACGCUAUAGUGACGAUGUGGCAUAACGAUUAUCAAAAAGUUCGAUAUAUUAAACUCAAUAUGAAGAUCAACCAAGUGUACGGUAUUAUACAUAAAAACAAUUUUAUUUUAAAAAGUAAGUUCUAACAUAUAAGCUGAGUUCAGUUUCUUAAAAACCCUCUAAUCGAAAUGUUUAAAAUAAACCUAAAACUUUUAAUAAUUAUAAAAUUAUUAUUAAUUAUCGAUAAUUUGUCAAGCGCUCAAGGUAAUUGUGAAGUAUAUGUUUCGGGAGAUUCGCAGUUAAUUCCAAAAUUUGAAAGGAUAAUAGACAACAUUAAACUGCAAGUAAAUAUUACAAAUGAUAAAUUUGAAAUUGGUAAUGGCGAAAGUGUGACAGGUUCCUGCGAGACAUAUUUUGGGUAAGAUCGAAUUAUUUCAUCCAUUUUUUUUCAUACAUAUUUCGCCCAAAGGAAUGAUAUGAAUUCUUAAUGCCAAGAGAAAGGAGUUUGAGAGCCGUUAGACAAAAGUCUUGGUUUAAUCAGAAUCGAGAUCUUCAUGUUACUAAGGCACAAAAAAGCUUUAUACGAACCAGUGUACUAAGGUUCUUACUGCUCCCCGGUAUAGAAGUCCAGUGCUUUAAUAAAAAGCCACCUACGUGUAAAGAACACCAGAGCACUUCGCAUUUAUCCGACACAUUCAUUGAAAAAAAAAAAAACAUCCGAAACAUUUAUUAUAGGUAUAAGGGAGCAGUGGGGCCACCAUACCUCUUCGUUGAUUCCGUAUCAUAUUCACUUGACACCAACCCUACUCUGAGGAGUAUCUGUUGUCUUUCCGACAACAGCAGUGAACUUAUCCCGAAAUAUAGAUUUCACCCUGUAUCAGUCUUUUGAAUAGCAUUCUCUUCCCGCGAUUUUCAGUUUAAACCACAUGCAUCCCGAAGGCACCUCUGCAAUAAUCGGGACAAGACGAAGAUAAAUUCUCUGGUUUGACCCCAGGUCAAAUAAUUAUAAAUAAAGGUCGAGGAUACAUUGGUAUCCUCGUCAGACUAGAGGUACUGGAGGAGGUUAUUAAUCGAUGUAUCAUGAUCCGGAGGUUGCUCUCCCGGUCAUUAAAAUCUACCGGUCAUACUUCUUCAAUUCCGACUCUUAAUAAAAUAAGCAAUAACCGACCCUAUUGAUAUAGCUAAUUUUUUAACUGAAUUAUUCUCAAGUAAUACUUGCCUGCCGAAAAGCAAUCAAGUACUGUCCUAAAGGGGUAUUAACGAAUCUUCACAUAAACAAGUCUUCGGCGAAAGAUGUCAAGUAGUGUUUUCGUCCGUUGAAUUUCUUGCAUUCUGAAUGAUUGCUAAUGUAACAUCAAUCCCCAGGGAGAGACUUAUAAGUGUGAAAAUUAUCGCCCUAAAGCAAUUUGUUUCAUCCACCAUUAUGGCGAAAAUAAAGCGAUGGCUCUGGUUAUCUACAAAAUGUUUGACAGGGUGUGACAAAGUAUAUUUUUCAUCAAAACUAAUUGUUUUUGGGCCGGUAAUUACUUCACUCGAUUUAUAUUGAGCUUUAUCGGGGAUCGCUCUAUACAUGUUAUAUAUCCCUUUUUAUAAUAUUUUUACCAUUUACAGAUCACUAGAAAAUGGAUUCAUAGGAUUUUAUGACCCCUUAUAUUUUAAUCAAAUACAAUCGUUAGAAUUAUCUUGUAAGGAAGACAAUUUAUUCUACAAGCACAUGCAAGUCCAUAGACCACAUUUUGAGUGCCUUCAAACUUAUUGGGAUAUUGUAUAUAAUAAUAAAAAAAAAAAUUCCUGGUGUAAAAAUUCGACUUCUUUAUUGUUAUUAUCGAAAAUAAAUAAAGGUGAUAUAUCUUUUGCUGAAAUAUGCUACGACUUGGAAAAGGUUUCUCUUCAAAAUAUACGUUAUACAGUACAAAAUAACCGAAAAACUUAUUCAGAAAUGCUGAACAACAUGGAAUUUAUAUAUCCAAGUUUGAAUUCUUUUGGUCUUUUGGAUGAUUUACAACUUUUAAAAACAACCAAAUCUGUAGUAAUAAAUAAUAAUUUAUUACAACAACAAUUUAUUAAUUUAUAUGAAUUAAAUCCGCUAUUAUCAUUUGCCAACUACGUGGUGUCGUCCAUUGUUCAGGGUUAUUCGUAUGCGAAAUAUUUUAAGGAAUAUAAUGCAUUUUUGAAUAUUAUAUGGUGAAGGAAUUUACGUUUGGGAAAUUGGAAAAUGUUUAUUAAUACUUUGGAAAACUAUGCUCACAACAAUAGAUUUGAAAUGUAUACCGGGACAUCAGGCAUAGCAGAACUUCCGAUUAAUUUAACAGAGAAGCAAAGUAAAAAACUUGAAUUGGAGAUUGAUAUGAAAAUUGUUACUGUACCGGCCUAUAUAUGGUCUUAUGUUAGAUCCAAUGAUGAUAAUAAUAAAGAUUUUAUCAUUGUUGGUUACAAUUCUCCAUAUGCAGAGUUCUUUUCGUUGGAUCGUAUAAUUUUCUGUCCCGAUAUCUGUGCAGACAUACCCUGGCUAAAGAACGUAUACACCUCGUUCCGUUAUACAUUUGCUGGCAUUAUGUUUUGUUGCUCACCGGAUUUCAUUAAGAAAAAUAAUCUUCUAGAGGGAUUUCCAAUUGAUGUUCUUAUUGCAGGUUGAGUGGAAAACUAGCUAGAUUGAUAAAAUUGAUAUGUAUAAUCUGGCCAAUUUUAAUAUUCAAAAUUACUUGUUUUAUAAAUAUAUUGAAAUUGUUGUAUCUGGCAA